AUGUUCGCCGAGAUGAACCGCCGGACGCUGGCGUUCCGCGGCGGCGGCCUCGUCACGGCGGCGGCGGCGGCGGCGGCGCAGGCGGGCGGCCCCGCGGGCGCCGCGGGCGAGGCCUGGGAGCGGCCGGACGCGGAGCAGCUGAACGGGCGCGGCGCGGACGAGGAAGCGGAGCUGGAGGGGCUCGAGGCCGAGGAGCUGGAGGCGGCCGAGGAGAAGGAGCUGCUGCUGCCGCGGGACGCCGCGUCGCCGCCGCCCGCCAGCGGGCCCAUGUUCGCCGAGAGGAACCGCCGCACGCUGGCGUUCCGCGGCGGCGCGGSGCUCCCGGCCGGCGGCGGCGGCUGCGAGGCGCCCGCCUGGCCGCGCAAGCCGCUCAACGGGCGCGGCGCCGAGGACGAGAUGGAGCUGGAGGGCGCCGAGGGCCUGGAGCCCGAGGCGCUGCUGGAGGGCAAGGAGCAGGACGGCGGCUCGCUGAGCGACAGCAGCGACGACGAGGAGGACGGCGAGGGCGGCAGCCUGGGCGAGGGCAGCGGCGCCGAGGGCGGCAGCUGCAGCAGCAGCCGGCGCUCGGGCGGCGACGCGGGCGACGAGGCGGAGGGCAGCAGCGUGGGCGCGGGCGAGGGCGAGAGCGUGAAGCACUUCCCGCUCGCCAGGCCCAAGUCGCUGCUGCAGAAGCUGCACGUCGCCUUCCAGGGCGCCUGGCUCAAGGAGUUCCCGUGGCUGCGCUACUGCCAGGAGAGCGGCCUCAUGUCGUGCGCCUGGUGCGGCGCCGCCAACGCCGCCCCCGCCGAGCCGGCGGCCGCCCCCGCGGGCCACGACGAGCUCUGCAAGGGCACCCGCAACUACAAGCGCGCCCUGCUGCUGCGGCACCACCUCUCCGCCGAGCACCGCCUCAACGAGCCCGUGAGCGCCGAGCAGGAGUCAGAAUUACCGUCAGAACUGAAUAAUGAAGGAUACUGUGAUUAUAACAACCGGCCAAAUGAGAACUCGUACUGCUAUCAGCUGCUGCAGGAGCUGAACGAGCAGAGGAAGAAGGGCAUUCUCUGUGAUGUCAAUAUUGUGGUGAGUGGGAGGGUCUUCAGAGCUCACAAGAACAUCCUGGUUGCAGGCAGCCGCUUCUUUAAGACUCUGUAUUGCUUUACAAACAAAGAAAGCCGUAACCAAACCACUGUUACCUACUUAGACGUUGCUGCUGUUCAAGGCUUUUCUGUCAUCUUGGACUUCUUAUACUCUGGUAACCUCGUGCUUACGAGCCAAAAUGCCAUUGAGGUGAUGUCAGUGGCCAGCUACCUUCAGAUGACCGAGGUAGUCCAGUCCUGCCGCAACUUCAUUAAAGAUGCCUUAAACAUAAGUAUAAAAUCGGAAGCUCCGGAGGCUGUUGUAGUGGAUUAUAACAGAAGAUCUGUUAGCAGGGAUGGCAUGUCUCCCCGGGAUCAGAAAGUUGCCAGCUUCUGGGCAACACGAAACCUUACCAAUUUGGCAAGCAGCGUACAGACUGAAAACGAUGGUUACUCUGUGGAGGAGGGCCAAAUGGAAAACUACCAAAUGAAUGACUGCAGUUGGGUCCAGGAUAGCUCACCUGAAAUGGCUGAAAAUGAGUCCCAAGGUGAGGGAAAAGUUUUUGUGUGGAAUGACAUGGGCUCGCAGGGACAGUCGGUUCAAGAACCCGGAAAAGCAAGAAGGAAAAACCAAACGACAAAGAGAUUUAUUUAUAAUAUACCACCUAAUAACGAGGAGAACUCGGAAGACUGCUCAGCGUUGCAGCCGUCAGCCUCGUAUCCAGAAGAAGAUUUGCAGUUUAUUAAGGAAGAAGCAAGUACUUCAAGUGACUUCAAGUACGGACUGCUGCCUGGUACUUCAAGUGACUUCAAGUACGGGCUGCUGCCGGGUACUUCAAGUGAUUUCAAGUACGGACUGCUGCCGGGUGCUUCCAAUGACUUCAAGUAUGGACUGCUGCCAGAAUCGUGGCCAAAGGACGCUUGGGAAAAUGGUGAUUCCUCUGCUUUAAUCAUGAACAAGCUGAAGUGUCCACACUGUAAUUAUGUAGCCAAAUACAGAAGAACACUAAAGAGACACUUGCUUAUUCACACGGGCGUGAGAUCUUUCAGUUGUGACAUCUGUGGGAAGCUGUUUACUCGAAGAGAGCAUGUGAAGAGACAUUCCUUGGUGCAUAAAAAGGAUAAAAAGUAUAAAUGCAUGGUGUGCAAGAAGAUCUUCAUGCUCGCGGCCAGCGUGGGGAUAAGACACGGAUCACGACGCUACGGAGUUUGCGUAGACUGUGCAGAUAAAUCCCAGCCCGGAGGGCAGGAGGGAGUAGACCAGGUGCAGGACACAGAUUUCCCUCGGGAUGAGGAAUACGAGGAGAACGAGGUGGGCGAAGGUGACGAAGAGCUUGGCGACGACGUGGAGGAGCAGAACGAGCAGUCCCGGUGGGACGAGUCCGGGGAGGUCUGUCUGCCUUUGGACGACUGAGGGCGGCGCUGCCCGGGGACACUGUGCGGAUGGACUGCUCGGAUCUUGGGACUGAAGGCUUGCAAAACAUGGUACAGGCUGGAGGGUAGUUAUGUUGCUGUGAAAUAAUKUAGGGUCAAAGCCUUAUAGCAAAAAAAAAGGAUUAUUAAUUUUUUUAUGAUAUUUGCACAGGACUGUACAGCAUCCAACCAUUGGGUUGAAUUAUACAGAGUCCUCACAUCUACAGUCAGUUAUCAAAAGAAAAAUGUAUUUUUUAUUAUUUAUAGGAUAUAGCUAUUUGGGUCCUAUUCAGACAUAGUAGUAACUGUACUUAUUAUGUUACGCAUUCAUGUAGCUGUUAACAUGAAUGGAGAAAACUGCAGCUUGGUGUGGCAGCACCGGCGCCUUCGCCGGCCGCCCCGCGGCUUCUCAGCGCCCCGGGGGAGCCGAGGGGGCUGGCGGCUCUCGCCUCCGCAAGCGCGUGCCGGCCCUGCAAACCUGACCUCUCCCUUCCCCUGRCAGGUGGAAGCCAAUCCCUGACAGACGCAUCAUGGAGGUUACCAGCACCAGGCUGAAAUUUGGGGGUUUCAGUGGCGGCUCCGAGCCGGCGCGUGGCGUGGGUGGGAAGCAGCGGAGCAAGUCGGUAGCGGCAUUAACUGAGGGUCUCUUUUGUCCCGGCUUGGAGUUUGGAAGCAGGUGGUUGUUGUUGUUGUUGUUGAACCGGUUCCAAAAGCAUCUUGCAGAAGAAGUCCCCAGGAAUGAAGAAGUCCCCCCUCUUGCAGAAGAAGUCCCCAGG